CGAGGACUGUCAUCAUCAACCACCAUGAAUCAUUUAUCAGUGAUACGACUCUCACCCUUCAUGCUGUAUAUACUGUUUAUCGAUGCCCGACUCCUCCACCUCCCCCAACCCGAGUCCUGACGAUGACGCCCAUGCCGGAGCGCAGUACGACGAUGAGGAGGCCCGGUUGCUGCCAACGGAGGAGCUCGAGUUUGAGGACGUGGCCAUCUCCAAGAAUCGUAACCGCUUCUGUACGAUGCUUAACGGUCCUCGGUUGCCGCGCCGCCAUGUCAUAAGUCCCCUUCUGCCUCGCAUUCAGAACGCACCAGUUCGAUUUCUGAGCCGGUUUCUUCCCAAGAAGUCCCACAAAGCCAUUCUCCUCGCAGCUGGUCUGUUAGCUUGGACUUUCUUGUUCAUCUUCUUCCUUAGCUCUGAGCUGCCUACAGCCGAUGGCGCAGGCCAGAGCGUUGUAAAUCUCGACUGCGUGGACGCCGUCUGGCACCGCAAAAAUGAAUGCGGUCUUGAUGGUAUCAAUUGCAGACCCUUCUCCAACGCGUCCUUUGCAUUCCGCUGCCCCGCGGAUUGCGCAGCCGUACAGGUCCUAAAUCCCCAUGCUGUUGGGCCCCUGGACGUGAACUAUAGACCACUCGUCAUCGGCAACGGCAUCUAUCGUGGAGAUAGCUUCAUCUGCGCCUCAGCGUUGCACGCCGGUAUCGUCAGUAACGUGCGCGGCGGAUGUGGACGUCUCACGCGCGUUGCUGAUCACACUCAUUUUGCCAGUGCCAUGCGCCAUGGCAUCACGUCGAUUCCUUUCGAUGCAUACUUUCCGCUCUCCUUCUCCAUAUCAGAAGACUCAAGCAUUUCUUGUCCCGCAGAUCCUCGUCAGAUACUUCUUGCAUUAACCAUGUCUUUCACCGUUCUCAUCUCUGUAUUUUCGUCUACUUCGCUCCAAUUCUUUCCCAUUUUCACCCUCAUCUUCGCACACGUCGCCUUCGCUUCGGAUCCUCCUACCGCAUCGUACCGCAACAUCACCGUUCUUCCAGACCACAUCUCCAUGUUUGCAAAAAGAAUCCUUCCCGCCUAUUUCUGCGCCGUCGUCAUAUACUGGACAACAGUCCGACGCACUUUAUCGGGCCUCGAGGCCCAACUCGAGAAAACCAUCCUAUGGCUCGGCGGCUUCUGGUUCGGAGCCCUCUCCAAUUAUACUUUUGAAUGGAUACCCAUAUCCCGCCUUACAGCCCACGACCUCAACCAACAACCUGACGCCAAACUCGCCCUUGCCGUCAUUCUGGUCAUCCUCAUCUGCAUCAUGGCGCAACAAAUCUACUCCUUCUGGCUCGAGGGACGUCUACUUCGCUAUCUCGGCCUCUACUCGCUCUUCAUCCUCGGCAUCCUCAUCUGCCUAUCCAUCCCCGGUGUCUCCCUCCGCAUCCACCACUACAUCCUCGCCCUGCUCCUCCUCCCAGGAACCGGCAUGCAAACCCGUCCCUCGCUGCUAUACCAAGGCAUCCUCCUCGGUCUCUUCGUCAACGGCAUCGCACGCUGGGAUUUCGAUUCCAUUCUCCAAACUACGGACGCGCUGCGAGGCGACGGCACUUUCGACUCCUUGCUUCCCGCGGUGCUGCAACCUGUCAUAAGCACGGAAGCCAAGACCAUCGUCGCUUCCUUUUCGUGGGCAGAGCCGCCGCAGGGAAUGCAGGGGAUUAGUGUCCUGGUCAACGAUGUAGAGCGCGAUCGUGCUUUCUUCGAUGAUGAGGAUGGGAGCGGCUUUGUGUGGGAGAGGGAUGUUGAGCUCAAGGUGCCCGAGUAUUUUAGGUUUGCGUAUGUUAGGGAUGGUAGGACGUUGGAUUAUACGAGGGCGGGCACGUUGUUUCCGAAUGGGACGUGGAGUAUGCCAGAGUCAAACUCGGCGGUCUGACGCUUAAGGGGGAUCUCGGAAGCUUGUGCACUGCAUUCAGCAUAGCGACACAUGAUCAAGAUGAGAUAUGGGGCUCCCAGGCAUUCGAUUUCAGUCCCUCUUAGAGAUGGGAAGGGGUGGGUGGAUAACUCAACCAGCAGUCUUGACGAAGGCCGCCAGCUUGAGCCUGGUCCGAAAAGCGUUUGGGAAUUAGGGUAACGUGUCUUAUAAGCGAGCGGCCCGUACAAGCGAGCGGCCCACGUUACCAACUUCGUGCACCUCUACAAGCAUACAACUCAACCACAUUUUAAGGUAGUAUGUAGUUAUUAAUACAAUAGAUUAAGC